AGGCAUUCAGUCAUUGAAGGCAUUGAAAGCAUUGAGUGAAUGAAUGAACGAAAGUAUGGAUUGAAUUGUCGGUCGCUUUUCAUGCAUUCACUCUAUAAUGGCGUCAAUUAAUAGCAUUAAAAACAAUCACAACUCUGUCGGAGACAACAACGAUCACCACAACUCCAUCAACGACUCCGAAGAGCAAAACAUUUGGUCUUCAAUCCUAACUCAGGUCCAGACGUCGGCAUCAAAUAAGUUGCCCUCAAAUAAGGCGAUCGUUGUAUUGGGUGACAAUGACUCGGGAAAGACAUCACUUAUCGCUAAAAUGCAGGGAAAUGAGGACACGAGGAAGGGGUCGGGUCUGGAAUACCACCACCUGUUGGUUAGGGAUGAAUACCGCGACGAACAGACCCAAUGCGGCGUUUGGAUCCUCGACGGCAACUGUUCCUGGAAUUCACAACUCCUCAAGUUUGCCAUCAAUGAGCACACCAUCCCCGACACCACUAUCCUAUUGACCGCUUCAAUGACCAAACCCUGGGAUAUAAUCAACUCAUUAGAGAAGUGGACCAAAGUAUUGGAGGAACACAUCCUUAAACUUAAUCUCCAAACGGAAGUCCUUCACAAUUAUCAACAACAAAUAUUGAAGCGAUACUUAGAAUAUAUAUCUCCGGGCGAUGAGAUCGAGGGUUUAGUCAAUACUCCGGUUAAGUUAAGAAGUAAUAGUGAUUUGGACGCAGCAUUCAAAGCCAGUAUUACUAGCAAUUCAGUCAACAGUCCACUACCUGAGGGCGUAUUAACGCAUAACUUGGGUCUCGAUGUGAUUGUCGUCAUCACUAAAACGGAUUUCAUGUCGACUUUAGAGAAGGACUUUGACUACAAAGAAGAGUCGUUUGAUUUUAUACAACAAGCGAUUCGCAAAUUUUGUCUUAAAUUCGGUGCCUCUUUGCUAUACGUUUCGGUUAAAGUAAAUAAAAAUUGUGAUCUUCUCUACAAAUAUCUGGUUCAUAGGAUAUAUGGACUCAAAUUCAAAACGCCUGCUCUUGUCGUCGAAAAAGAUGCCGUCUUUAUACCCACCGGUUGGGACAAUGAGAAGAAGAUUGCAAUUCUUUACGAAAAUAUUCAGUCGGUUUCACCCGAUGAUGACUACAAUGAUGUGAUUGUAGGUCCGGCCGGUACUAAAUGUUCGCUCCAGUGCCUCUUCAAAAAGAAGUGGAAAUGUGUGCCGAAGACGAUCAGGUGUUUCUCCUCAAAAUGCAGUCCCAACUCAACCAACAAACUCCCGUCGGAACAAAUGCUGUAA